CAAACGAAAGCGAAAUCUGCGGCGCACCUGUAAGUCACGUGAUUUAACAGAAUCGCUCGGCUUUGGAAAAUGGUUUCAAUUCAUGAAGGUCGACGCUAGAGGCCGCUGUGCCUGUGUUUGACGUGUGUGGAGUCUCCAGACCGAACGUAACCGUGAUGUUUAACCCCUCCUCCGAAUGAAAUCUUAAAAUGAAAGUAAAACAUAUUUCCAGAGGGGUCGAGCUGCAGAUCAGAAUAACAUUCAGCUGGAAGUUUCCUCCUCGUUUGAUCAGAGACCAGUGAUGACACUUAUGAUGAAGACUAGAAGCAGCAUGGACCCACUAAGUGGGCAAAGUACCUGAAGGCGUUGGCCACAGACUUGCUGCCUGUGGUUAACAGAAGAGAAAAUAGUAAAACAUGUGGCGGUCCAUUGGAGGAUUCUUUUUUAUAGGAUGGUUAGAGAUAACCUGGUUAGGAAAGUAGCACAGAAUGCAAACCAGAACCAGAAUAAUGCUCCCGAUGAAGCUGCAAGAUCUCAACAGGUCCACAAUGCAGAGAGUGAGAAACCAAAGCAGCAGACAGAGGCGGAUGUGCGCCACUGGAACAAGCUCCACUAUCUACACCUCUCAGACGAGGAACUUGAAACCUGGUGUCAGACUGGAGCGGACGCCACCAGCUUGCCAUCUCAUUUGCGACCAUUCCGUAGCCUGGACGAGUACAAACUGGUGAAACACACUCACCGUCAGCUUCGUCAUAGUUCUUACUACUGGGGACCAAUGACCAUGGCGGAAGCGCACAAAACGCUCUCAUAUUCGUCACCAGGCACCUUCCUCAUCAGAGACAGCGGCCAGCCGGAUGUCUUCUUCACUCUGAGCUACCAAAGCAACGAUGGGCCGAUAAGCAUCCGUGUGAUGCUCAACAAGCUGCUCUUCUCUCUGUAUGGAAGCCAAAAGACUUUCCCCUCCCUUUUCGCUCUGCUGGCGCAUUACAGCAGCUCAUCCUGUAAGUUGACUGUGCCGUACCGCAUGGAGAGGCCUGAGCGCCUCAAGCAGCUCUGCAGGAGAGCAUUGGUGAACACGUAUGGAGCAGAGAACAUAAGGACCUUACCUGGACUCAGCUGUGAGGUGAAAGACUACAUUCAGGCCUAUCCUCACUCUCUAUAGUGUGUGCAUGUAUGCGUUCAUAUACAACCUGUUCAACACAGAUUGAGCGUUUUAAAUGCUAAGCAUUUGUGUUCAAUAUUUGCGCUCAUGUUUGUUGUGAUAACAUGAUGCGUGGAUAAUGUGUACAGUUUUAAGUAUGCUUAAAAAAAGGAAAGGGCAGCAGUCAUUGUCUCCACUAGGGGGCAGAAAAACAUCAUACAAUGAAAGUACUACAUUUACUUUUAGUGUGUGUAUGUGUGGCCUGCGAUUGGCUGGUGAGCAGUCCAGGGUGUACCCCGCCUCCCGCCCGAAGUAAGCUGGAAUAGGCUCCAGCAUACCCCCGCGACUGAGGAUAAAUAGUGAGGAUAAACAGCAUAAAAAAUGGAUGGAUGGAUGGAUCCCAUAAUGACAGUACAUUGAACAGCAAAAUCUAGUAGAAGUAGAACUCAUCUGUCAGGAUUAUUGGUGUAAAUUACUGUCAAUGUCAUUGACAGAACUUAGUUCUAGGUACAGAGAAGCCACUACCAUAAAAUUACUGAAAUGUUUAUUCUUUUAUGCUCAGAUGUUACCUUUU